AUGCAUUUUAUCAUUGAAAUACUUGAGACGGUGAUAUAUAUAUAUAUAUAUAUAUAUAUAUAUAUAUAUAUACUCGCCACUUAUUUAAAUGUUAUCGUACAAAUGCAUAAGCUUAACUUACAAUUAAAUUUAUUUUUAAUUUUUACUUUUAGUUUGAUCACCUGGGCAGUUAACUCUGAGUCAACAUCCAAUGGACAAUAUCCAUUAGUGAUGAUCCCCGGAACAGCUGGGUGCCAAGCUUUUGCCGUGCUGAAGAAUGAUCCCAAUCAUAAAGCGCUACCUGUAUGGUUAAAUUUGGAAUUUUUUGCAUUUAUAAAACAUUUUACUGAGUAUUUUAAAUUACAGUAUGAUCCAAAAACUGGUCACAGUUACGAUGCUGAAGGUGUUGACAUUAUUUUUCCAGGAUGGGGUGAAACAUGGUCAAUUGAGAACCUAGAUGAAAGACCAAAUAUGUUUUCUGAAUAUUUUGGUUCAUUAGUUAAUGCUCUAAGAAAAGAUCCGUUUUAUGUAUCAAAUUUUACAAUGAGAGGCGCACCAUAUGAUUUUAGAAAAGCCCCAAAUGAAAACGGUGAAUUUUUCAAUAAAUUAAAAGCCUUGAUUGAGGAAACGUAUGAAAAUGCAAAACGAAGACCCGUUGUCCUACUACCACAUAGUAUGGGAUGCUUAUUUGCUCAGUGGUUUUUGAAAAAAUGCGAUAUUCCAUGGAAAAAGAAGUAUAUAAAAUCUCUGGUGUUUUCCAGCUGUCCAUUCGGGGGUUCUGUGAAAACAGUGAAGAUUGAAGCUAGUGGUAAGUACGUUUGAAAAAUUGAUGCUGACAGUGAAUUGUUUAAGAAAUUAGUCUGGCUAUGAAAUAAUCGGAUUUAACCAUAUUUAUAACAACUCCCGAAAUAGAAAGAUUACACUCAUUAAUAUUCACACAGAAACUCCCAAAAGUCAGUAAUAUCCAUAAAACACAAAGUAACUAACUAAUUAUUUGUUGUAAAUACAUUUUUAGUUUAGUCAAUAAAUUUGGGGAGUUUAGCUUUUGGUGAUAACUUUGGGGUAUUUCUGCGUAGUCCAUUAAGUUUUCGACACGUUCAACGUUCUAUGCCAUCUCUUCCUUUCUUAUUUCCUGAUUCUCGCUUAUGGCCAUCAUCGGAGCCACUUAUUGUCACACCUACAACAAACUAUAGCUCAGCUGAUUACGAGCGUUUCUUCAAAGAUAUAAAUUACACUAUUGUUUACUUUGAAGAGGGAAAAACCAGUACAAUGAUGAUCCUUAGUGAAUACCUUAUUUGAUGCGCGACGACAACGCCCUUUUGAAUAAAAGUUCGACAAACACAGUCUUUUAAAUAGCAGUUACUUACUUUACGAUAUCAUGUGUUACUUAGCACUACUUAGUGAUAGACACACAAACUGAAGAAUUUAUUAAUAUUACAAAUAUUACAUUCUUUACACCCACUAACAUACACAAAGUUACGUUUCAGUUUUUCAUGCAUAAGCCAUAGUAGUGUAAUUUUUGUAUUUCUAUACGGUAUAACAAUUGUUUAUACGAUAAUACUAAUUUAAAUUAUUAAAUAUCAUGAUCAAUC